GUGGCUAGACUUCAUGCUGGGCCAGUCUGGGGCCUCGCGCCUGAAGGCCUGCUGGUGCUUGGAGGCUUCAAGGACCUCAGAGAGCUAAACUGCCUUCUCACUGCCUCGUUGCAGGCCGAAUCCCGGCACUCGGGGCUCUGCCGGGGGGCCUCUGGUCUGCCUUUCCAGUUUUGUGCCGCUCCCCUUGUAAGAGCGGGUCUAGAAGUGACUCGUUGAGCCACUUGUUUUAUGGAGAAGGAAAAAGGUUCAUUGGAGGGACUUGCCCGAGGUUGCACAGAUAGUAAGCACCAGAGGUUGGAUUUGAAUUCAGGUCUUCAGACUCCAAAACCAGUGCUUCCUGUAUACUCCCCGUGCCUUGCCUUUCCUCCCAUACUUGGAAAAGUUGUUGAAACCCAUCCCUUUCUUCAAGAACCAGCUCUUGUCAUUUCCUCUAGGAGACCUUCCCUGAUGGAGCUGAUGAGUGCAACACUUAGAGAACGGUUAAAGAAAACAAGAAGUUCAUUUAAUUCCUGUCAUGCUGUGGCAAAACGUCUUAAAGUAGAUACUGAAAAUAACUCCACCACUUCAAAGGAAGCAACAGCUUCCAGUGGUGGAAGCUGUUCUGCAUUUCCAGAAAACUUUAAAAACAUGGAAAAAGCAUCUGAAGAAAGCCUAUCUUUGAAAGACUGCUUAAAGGAUGUUGAUGUGCAUAGAAGCAAGCCUCUUGUUGUCAGUACUCUGCCAGAUAAUCUCCCCCAGAUGGUUUCAGAGGGAUAUAACAUUGGCAAACAAGAAUUGCUUGAAGAAAAGAUGAAACUGUUGAAACAAGUUCAAGAGAAGGAGGAGCUUCUUCGAAGACUAAAAUUAACCAAAAUGUAUAGGUCAAAGAAUAACCUUUUGCAGUUGCAAUCAUUGAUAAAGAAGUGGAGAAAUAGUAGCCAACUGUUGCUUUUUGAGCUGCAAUCAACAUUGUCUGUGGGGAAUAAGAAACUAAGCCUUACUCAGUUGAUAGACAGCUAUGGAUUAGAAGACGAGUUACUACAUUACAACAGAAUUGAAGAAGAAUUUACAGAUUUUUAAUUCAGAUUAUUUUCAGAAAUAUGCCUUUGAGAAGGAAGGAUAGCUCAACUCAAAGAUAUUUCUGAAUGUCAACAAAAAGAUACUCCUAAGGAAAGCAUAAAAAUUAUUAUGGUUUAAAUUGAUUGGAACAAGACAUUACUGUGAUGAAAUAAAAUUUAGACCAUAUAAGUUCUGUGGGGAGAAUUUGAGUUAAAGAAAAAAAUGUAAAUAAAAGUAUGCUUCUAAAACAA